GGGCCGACACUGAUUGGUCCCUUUGAAUCCAGCUGAACUCUGACCCGAAGGCACUGCCGCUUCGAAUUGGCCGCGGGAAUAAACGGCCGGAUUUCAAACUUUGCGCGAGGAGGAUAAUUUGAGUUCGAUUCGCGGAGUCAGGGAAAGAAGGUACCAGCUGGUAGAAGGCACCUGGAACUGCACAGAGCGCAUCACUCCUCUAGAAGAUGACUUUGAUUUGAUUUUGAGCCAUUUGUUAUCAUAUAAAUGAAUUUAGGUGAAAACGCUGUCGUAAUGAAUGAGCAAUGUGAGUCAUUAACAGUGGAGGCUACAGGGAAGCCAUCAAUUCUUCGAAUAUCACAGAAGGAGAAUUUCCCUCCCAAAGGGUCAAUGAAACUAUCAAAGGUGUCUUUUCAGACUCCUGUAAGAGAUCCUGUUACACGCAAAGUUCUCGGUACACAUCUGACUAAUAGAUGUGAUGGGAUUAAUUCAUUUGAGGCUGAAAUAAAUACGAGGAGCACGGAGAGUCGAGGAAAUCCUGAUCUGACUGAGGCAAAAGAACAUGUAGAUUCUGGACGUACAUCUGACUGUCUAGGUUCUGAUCUGCAAGUUGAAAAUACAGAAGCCAAACAGACAACUGCUGAUGUUGGCCUUGGCAAUGAGGAGCAUAUUUCAUCCAAAGGAACAUACACACUUGAUUUUGAUAUGUUUGAUGUGGUGAACCCUUUUCAGGGUGUGUCAAAAGUCUUGAACUCCCCAGCACAGAAAUUGGCUGGCACAGAACUGGACUGUCUGGAACAACAUUCUAAAAUUUCAUCAACUAAUGAUCAGACUCUGCCUAAGAAAACUGAACAACUGUCAAAAGCCACUCCCAGCAACGACCAUGGUAGAAAUGAAUCAGCAGAUAUUUCUUUGCAGGUGGAAAGUCAAAGCAGCAGUAGCACAGAACAAGGUUGUGGGAUGGUCAUAUCACAAACCUUGUGUAACUUUGAGGAGGAUGGUCUUGAGAAGAUCAGUCCUAUCAUAAGUCGGAUAAAAGAGCAAGUUUCACAACUUCCCUUAAAAGAGUCUUUCAAUCUUGAUAAUGUUGACUCUAUGAACCCACUCCAAAUGGGAGGUCCAAGUCUACCAAAUACAUCACCACUUGAGCAGAAUCUGUUCUGUCUAAAUAGAGGUGAUAUUGACCUGGUGCAACCAGUGCAGUUGGAGAUUGAAGGCCAGAAGCCUCCACCAAAAAAGUUGGGAGAGAGAACAGACACAGCUAAAAAGAAGAAUGUUUGCAGCAAAGUUGAGAAGCCGUCUAAGGAAGGUGCAAAGCUGAAUGAGAAAAAUGACCCUGAUGAUACCUUUGUCCCAAAGGUGGAGUACAACAUUGAAUGGGAUAAAUUGGAUGACCCAAAUUUUAAUCCCUUUGGUGGAGGUUCUAAAAUUGGUAACUCUCCCAGUCUGACUAAAGUACCACGAGCUCAUUCUGAUUUACACGGUCAAAGAAAUCCAGUGGAGAAUGUUGAGUUUGUUGCAAAGGAAACAAGUGAGGUUCUGAGGCCAAAUGAAAGUUCUCCUAAUUCACCUAAACCACCAGUAGACAAAUCUGACGGACCAUCUGCACUGGAGGAUCCAGUAGAAAAUGUAGAGCCUCUUGCAAAAGAAAUGGUGGCACAGAGGCCAAUAAGCUUUGCUCAGACAAUCAACAGUAAUGAAGUUACUACGCUGCCGCUCAAGCAACCGUCUAAAAAAAACACUUGUAAAGUUAAACCAAUGAUGGAGGUCUCAGCAAUUCCCUUUCAACAGGAUUCUGUCUCCUCACCUGAAGCUGAAAAUAUUGAUAUGAGGCUGACGCCCAAUUUCGAGCGAAUAAUUGCUGAUGGCAGAGUACCAUCAACAAUGACUGAUGCAGAAAUACUGGAUGGUAUUGACUUUGGCUUCUCUGUGCCAGGAUCCUCUGCGUUCCGUAAUGAUGUUAUUGAAAGUGAAACUGAAGAAUUCAGGCCUGCUGACCAAAUUCCAGCUUUUAAUGAUCCUAUAGAAAUUGAUUACCUGGAGCAGUUUGGUCACUCUUCAUUCCAUGCCUCUGCUUUACGAAAGCAAUCUCUCUACCUAAAAUUUGAUCCUCUUUUAAGAGAGAGUCCUGUUCGGCACAUUGAGACUAAUCCUGGUUUGACUAAUGGAACAACUAAUGGUUCAAGCACUUCAAACCCUGAAACCAGAUCUAGUCAUCAUGCUGAAAAUUCAGAAGAAAUGGUUGAUAUUACUACCUUGAUCCCUGUGCCAUCCAUUAUCAAUCCAGCAGUUGAGUUCACAUCCGUUAAUGUUCCUACUGAGGAUGCCAUUAUUGAAGUACUAAAAUACAGCCAAAAGGACAUGGAUGCUGCAAUUCUGGCUGUAAAGGAAGAGGUUAGUCGUCAGGAAGCCGUGACUUUAGAAUGGAAACAGAAAGCUGAGGAAAGCUCUGCACAAUGCGCGGAAAUGAAAAAAAUUGUAAACGAAUAUUCCGAGGUGACCUUUCAAAUGAUGGAGGAAUCUGGCAAGAAAAGCGAAUUGGCCAAGGCAGAGAUGCAAAAACUAACAGAAGAAAAGCUACAAGCUUUGAAAGAACUAAACUCGGUUGAAAACGCAUUUUCUGAGUUGUUUAAGCGAUUUGAAAAACAAAAGGAAGCAAUUGAGGGUUACAAAAAAAAUGAAGAAUCCUUAAAGAAAUGUGCCCAGGAUUAUCUUGCAAGGAUUAAAAAAGAAGAGCAAAGAUACCAAGCUCUGAAAGUUCAUGCUGAAGAAAAACUGAACCAAGCAAAUGAAGAGAUAGCACAAGUGCGCAACAAGUACAAAGCAGAGGUUGCUGCUCUCCAGGCCCAACUACGUAAAGAGCAAAUGAAAACCAAUUCUCUGGAGAGGAGCCUGGAAGAAAAGACUAAAGAAAAUGUGGAACUAUCUAAAAUUUGUGAUGAACUUAUUUCCAAGAUGGAGAAGAUCUGACUUUUUUUUUUCCUCAUCUGACUUGUGAAAUCUAAUGUAUUCUGUCCUGCUCCAUUUUUGAACUAAACUAUCUCUUUUUGUAUAACUGCAUAUAUUGUAUUUCUAGAAGCAAAUAAAGUUUAAUAUUAGAAA